UCCCCGAAGGUUCCGGGCGGGCCGGGCAGAGCCCAGGCCGCGGGUGCGGAGGGCGGCGCCGCGGGGCGGGGGCCGAUGGGGCCUGGCGGACGGACGGCGCCAGCGCGGGGCUCGCCUGGGAGCGGGUGUGCGGGCUUGUGAGGGGGCGACGCGGGCGCUGCGGCCCGCCCGGGAUGGGCCAGCCCCGGCUUGGCUGGGCCGAGCCAGAGGCGAGGGAAACGCGCGGGCCAGGCCUGCCGGGCGGGCGGCCCGGGGGCUGAAGUAGAAGUGGGCGCGGAGGAAGGGGCCGAGCCAAGGCGGUGGGUGGAGCGGCGAGGGGGGCGGAGGCUGGGCCGCGGCCGGCAGGCAGAGCGGCGCGCCUGUCCGGAGCUCGGCUGUGGCGCCGGAGGAGGCUGAGGCGGCGGCGGCGGCGGCGGCGGGCCCGGACCAGCUCCCGGAGGUGGCGGACGAGGCGCCGGAGUCCCCCAUGGGCGGGUGUGUGGGCGCCCAGCACGACUCUUCAGGCAGCCUCAACGAGAACUCGGAGGGCACCGGAGUUGCUUUAGGUCGUAACCAGCCUUUGAAAAAGGAGAAACCAAAAUGGAAAAGCGAUUAUCCUAUGACAGAUGGACAACUGCGCAGCAAGAGAGACGAAUUCUGGGAUACUGCACCAGCAUUUGAAGGCCGUAAAGAGAUUUGGGAUGCCUUGAAGGCUGCUGCGCAUGCUUUUGAGAGCAAUGAUCAUGAACUGGCACAAGCGAUCAUUGAUGGUGCAAAUAUAACAUUACCACAUGGUGCACUUACAGAGUGCUAUGAUGAACUGGGGAACAGAUACCAGCUUCCAGUCUAUUGCUUAGCACCACCAAUCAACAUGAUAGAGGAAAAGAGUGACAUAGAGACUCUGGACAUUCCUGAGCCACCACCCAAUUCUGGAUAUGAAUCUCAGCUCCGUUUGCGCCUUUCUACAGGCAAAGACCUCAAACUUGUGGUUCGUAGCACAGACACAGUAUUCCACAUGAAGAGACGGUUACAUGCAGCUGAAGGAGUGGAACCAAGUAGUCAGCGGUGGUUUUUCUCUGGCAGACCUCUUACUGACAAAAUGAAGUUGGAAGAGCUGAAGAUCCCAAAGGACUAUGUUGUACAGGUUAUCGUGAGCCAGCCUUUGCAGAACCCAACACCAGUGGAAAACUGAACUGAUCCUAUUGGCUGGUUCCCUGAUCCUUCUGCUCCUUUUUAUUGUGAUGUUAUUUCCUACUCUAUGGCGUGAAAUUUAUUUUCACUGCUCUAAAUUCCCUAUGAAUGGAUUUAGUUCUGAGGAAUUAACCAGUGAAAAUUUCCAUCUGUGAUGGAGACCAACAAAAAUAAUAAAACACAAAGAGCCAG